CUCCGCGCAUAGAGUCCCGGAUCGACCGGCUAGCCAAACACUACCGCCAUCCCUACAAAUAUACUCGGUUCCUCUGGGUAACCGUAUUGAACUUGGAAUUUCGGGAAGCAUACCUAUUGCUCAAACAUCGCACGACCACCCAUACCGCCUACACGACGCCGCCUCGCGCGUAGUCCACCACCAUGGGCGCAGGAGCCUUCAUAGAACCGCUUGUGGUAGUCACCCUACUCUUCGGAGGUACAUGGGUAAACCGAAACACUGAAUACCGCCUUAUUGGUCGGCGGAGAGUAUACCAAAACUCGCCGCGCUCAACUUCCCCAGAUUCCGGUCGAUCUAGUCCGUCGUCCAGCGCAUCGCUUCUCGCCAAUGUCGACGAGGAGCCCAAAUGGAGGAAACGAGAGGUGGUGGUUCUGGGUAUGAAGAAGGAGGUCAUGAGCCCGAAUACCAAGAGGUUUCAGGAUUACUUCCUUAGUCGAUUGCUGAAGAAGUUCCCCUUCCUUGUGGAGGCCUGGUAUUGGGCGCUUAUCUACUGGGUGUACCAACUAGGUCGCGCAUUCUCCGCAGUAACAAUGGUCGAAGGCACCGUUAACGUCGCUCGCCGCCACGCCCUCCAAAUCAUCCACCUCGAACAGAAACUACACAUCUUCCUUGAACUCGACGUUCAAGCAUGGUUCCUGAAACACCCCUUCCUCCUCCACUGGACAAACCGUACAUAUUCCUUCAUCCAUAUCCCAGGCACAAUUCUGUUCCUGGUAUGGCUCUUCUACUAUACCACUACGCGCAACCGAAUCGAUCUUCCACUCCACAACAAGCCAAUGGGCGAGGCAGAUGGUAGCCCAGCAGGUCCAAUGCUGUAUGCUGCCAGGCGCAGAACGAUGGCUACGUGCAAUCUGAUUGCAUUCAUCGUUUUCACCCUGUGGCCAUGCAUGCCACCGCGUCUUCUGUCCGACCCCGAAGUUCCCGGUUCCAUAGGCAAAGAAGCGCGUAGCUACGGCUUCGUCGACACUGUUCACGGCGCCGAGGGCGAAAGCAGUGUAUGGACGCAGAACAAGUUCUGUAACCAAUAUGCCGCCAUGCCUUCGCUGCAUUUCGGGUACUCGCUCCUCAUCGGCCUCACCAUAAUGUCGAUUCCCCUGGCUCCUCAGCACAGCCGAUCCCGCACCGUUGCUCUCACCAUGGGUCUGCGCAUGCGUCUCCCGUCGGCCCGCCGUAUGCUCUGCAUCUUCUUGGGCGUUGCUUACCCUACUAUUAUCCUGAUCGCCAUUGUUGCUACGGCAAACCACUUCAUCCUCGAUGCCGUGGCGGGCGCCAUGGUCUGUGGACUUGCAUGGACAGGGAACCGGGUGUUGUUGAACCUGCUACCACUGGAGGACUACUUCCUAUGGUGUGUACGCAUUCACAAGCCUGCGCGCAAGGCUGUUCACUGGGACGGUGACGAGGACGAGAGUGACUAUAGCCAUAAGAGGUUUGGCGCUAAGGGCGUCAUAGUCGACUAAGGGUUGUGAAUGUAAGAGUGUGGAGGUAAUACAUCGGUAAUGUCAAGCAUUGGGUAUCGGCGUCUGACCUGGGUCGGGUACUUGGGUAAUGAGGGCGGCAUGUUCAUUUAUGACUCUCUCUCUCUUCAUUUUUCUUGGGGUAAACAGAAUAGUUCGAUACCCUUGGCUAAUAAAUAUGUUCUUAUUCGAUAUUUGUUUGUUUGGAAACCAGUGUCAUGAGGGAAGUGUGGUACCUUAUAACACUGAUUGGUUUUAGUCUCAUUGAUCAU